AUGAAGUACACAUACGCCGCCGUGCUCUCUGCGAGCGCAGCCUUGGCCCAGACUGUCGUCGAGAAUGUCAACAUUGGCGUCGGCCCAGCUCCCAGUGGCAACAGCUCAGACUUCGAUGCGUCUAGCUCCAGCACCACCGCAUCGCAGACGAUGGGCUUCUCGCUGUACUGGCCAGCACCCGACAACUCCCCAGCACCUCCAGUCUGGCAAUGGAGGAUCAGCCUCAACGAAGCUGACGCGACCGAUUCCGACGUCCCCAACGCACGCGUCUUGAACACGGUCUACGAUUUCAGCUUCCCCAGCGGCGACACUCUGAACCAGGCCGUGGCAGACAACAGCGGCCAGCUCAAUCAAACCGCCUUCUGUGUCACAGUCGUGGAAAGUCUCUUCCCAGCGAACGUCAUCAACAAGUGGAACGAGGACGUCCUGAGCAACGGCAGCGAGGAAGAGAGCUGCCAAACGCCCUUGCGAAAGCGUUGCACGGGUGCCAUUGAAGAACAGAUCAGGAACGCGGAACCAGAUGAGAAUGGCUGCCGUGGCUCCAACGUGGACCUCUCCCGCGUUAGGCAGUGCGAGUGGGCUUUCGAUGGCGGUUACCAGGCCUCGACCUACAACCUCGUCGGCAACCAAUCUGCCGCAGACAACAGCUCCUUCCCCAUUCGCAGCGGUGGUGGCUUCACCCAUGUGACUUCGCCAGUGUACGACGCCACCAACAGGACCUGGUUCGAGCAAGAGGACCUGCGUAUGCACAUGAUCAUCAUUGACUCUGGAAGCACCUACACUCCUCUCUGCAUGAGAGUCAACUCCUCCGUCAAGGCUGACAGCGUCGCUACCGGAGCCAACACUGGCGCUGCAAGCACAAGCAUCAGCCUCAACUCAUGGUUGCUCCUGGCCGCCGGCUUCGUCGCUCUCGCCUAUGCGCUGUAA